ACUCUAUAAAACCUGAUACAUAAUAAAAUUCAAAAGUUUUUGUUGUCACUUGAAAAUGAUAUUUUCAUGCGAAUUCUGGCAAGAUAAUCUUGAUGAUGAAUCAUAUCGAAAAAUUGACAUGAUAUAAAAUAAACUUGUGUGAGUCUACUAUACACCGAUUAAAAUUUGAUUCAAGAACAUAGAAACAGCAGGUAUCAUCGUGAAAUUCUGUACAAUGGAUGCCUUAUCGAAAAUGUUUGGUUUUGGCAAAAACAAAAAUGCGGCUCCAACACCGAGUGAAGCGAUUCAAAAGUUACGUGAAACAGAAGAAAUGUUAAUGAAAAAGCAAGACUUUUUAGAAAAAAAAAUCACUCAAGAAUUGAAGACUGCUAAGGAUAAUUAUACAAAGAAUAAACGAGCCGCUCUCCAAGCUAUGAAAAGGAAGAAACGCUAUGAAAAACAAUUGCAACAAAUAGAUGGAACGUUGUCAACAAUUGAAAUGCAAAGAGAAGCGCUUGAAGGGGCUAAUACCUCUACUACCGUUCUUCAAACCAUGAAAAAUGCUGCAGAUGCACUUAAAGCUGCUCAUAACAUGGAUGUUGAUCAAAUACAUGAUAUGAUGGAAGACAUUGCAGAACAACAAGAUAUUGCCAAAGAAAUAUCUGAUGCUAUAUCAAAUCCAAUUGCAUUUGGACAAGAUAUUGAUGAAGAUGAACUUGAAAAAGAACUUGAGGAACUUGAACAACAAAGAUUAGAUGAAGAAUUAUUGAGUAUAAACAAUCCAUUACCUGAGAUUCCUGAUGCAAUUGUUACGCCUGUAGCUCCUCCCAAAAAGACAAAAGCGAAACCGGUUGAAGAUGAUGAAGAUUUAAAACAAUUAGAAGCUUGGGCUUCGUAAAAACAUUAAUGCAACCGAAGAAAUAUAUUAAUUACCGUACUAAUAUGCAAGAAAAUUUAACAAUUGUAUAAACAGAAGUAACAAUUGUGCUUGCAACGCUUUACUAUUCUAUUCUCUAGUGUAAAUAGAUUUAAUAUUGAUAAUUAACGAUUGAAUUUGAAAUAUUUAAUGAAUUAUUGAAUAAAUUAAUGAAAAUAACCCCGUUUAAAUACUAUUACAAGAAAUGUGAAUCAAUCGGUUUGUAUAUGAAGCAAAAAAUCGAGAAAAUUGGUUUAUUUAGGUUAAAAAUAAAUUUUAUAUUUUUCAAUUAUUUAAAUAAAUUAUUUAACAUGAAGUAAAUUUAAAAGAAAUGCAUGAAUUAUAUUAUUACAGAAUACU